UAUUAUUAUAUACAGUGUAUACAAAGAAACGAAGUUAAAUCCCGUCGUGAUCUUUUUCUUGUUUCAGCUUUUCAAUAUAUUUCCCUCCUGAGAUUACCUCAACAUGUAACUGUAAUGAAAAAAAACCUGAAAUGAUAUCUUUUAGGUUACUUAUUGGAAUCUUUCUCUUUUCCGUUACAGGGUCUAUCUCAACUGACUGUCGAUUGCCUGGAGUUUUAUAUCAAGGAACGAAAAACGUAACAGAAACUGGUAGAGCAUGUCAAAGGUGGGAUACACAGAACCCACAUGAACACGGUUAUGAUGUAUUUAGCCUUGCUAAAGAGAACUAUUGUCGGAACUUCGAUAGAGAGGAGCCAUGGUGCUUUACCAAUGACACGGAUGUCCGCUGGGAACUCUGUGGCGUGGAAGUGUGUGAAAAUCCGUGCCUUAAUCAGUCUUUUUAUACAACAGAAAUAAAGAACCUGUGUGUUCAUAAUAUCCCAAGUGAUAGUGAAUAUUGUAGCAAUAUAUUAAACCUGGUCUCAUGUUUGAAAAAGAAUAUAGAAAACCUCACCGGUUCCAAUUGUUCCCAGAUUACAUGGCGAUCUAUUGCUCUGCAAAUGAAGGACACUUUAGAAGACUUAACAGGGAAAUCCAUCUCUCAAUGCAUUCUCCCACAUUGUAGAGAUCCCAGUUUGAUAGAUAAUUCUUUUAAUCUUAUUAACUUGGCCGCCUCUUGUUACAACGAAACAACCAUUAAAACUACAGGUCUAGAUAUACCAACACUUUGCCGAAUGUUACAGAGGUUUGGGCAUUGUGUUGUAUCAAACAAUCAAGACAGAGACAAAAUGAACUCUACUUGUCCCGUCAAAGAUAAAUUACUCAUGUCCAGAAGGUUCAUAUCUCUUACACCGGCACACCUUAAAGGAAAUGUUAGUUUUUGUGUCAGAUAUUUUUAUUCUGAAUUCCCUGUUUCGCUGGAUUUUAUAACAGAUACUACAAUGUCCGCAGGAAGUGAAGAAACAAACACCAACUUUUCCCAAACAGCGAUCUUUCUUUCCGUGGGAUUCGCAGUUGCACUGACAAUUGCCGUCAGUUUUGUAAUCAGUAUAUACAAAACAAGAGCAAUAACAAUGAGAAAAAGACGAAAAGAAUUGAUGCGCCUCCCAAGUAUUCCAAAAUCAAAGGACUCUCCUCCCUACGAAAUGAAAUUAACCAAUCCGGAAAGUCCGUAUUCCGAUCCCGACUAUGAAAUAAUAGAGGAAGAAGAUGAGGGGUACGAACAUUUGCCCGAACCAGGAGAAACUACUCUAACUCUAACACACGAAGAUGGACCAUAUAUAGAUCCUGACAAUGCAGACAGAACAUACGUAGAGGUAGUGCACAGCGAAAAAGACCCUAACGCUUACAUUAACGUGUUUCCUUACAUUGAUUUAGUAGAUGAUGCCAUUGACGAUGUUCUUCAAUCAGAGGCUUUGAACACUUUACAAUCAGAGAAUGCUGAUUAUUAUAAUGUAAUAAACUCACCUGAGGAAAUGGAAGUGGAAAAAAUUGAAGAGAAAUGAGAAAUGGGCUAAAUGAGGAUUUUUCCACCAUGAGUGUGAAUGAAUUUUAAAUACUGAUUUUUAUUUAAUUCCGGAUAAAAAGAUCGGAUAUGAAAAAUUUUAAGACAAACUAAGUAUAUAUUCUCUUUAUGUAAAUAUCAGAGGCAAAAGUUAAAAAGAACAAGACCUCCGUCUUUUUUUAUUAUAUGCUUUAUAAACUUUGCAUAAGUCGAUUAAAAGAUGAAACAU